UCCGCAGACGAAGACGCUAGAUGUGUUCCCCAGCGCCGGCUGAUAAGAGCGGCUCAGAGCAGCGACUAAUUCUCCAUCAAACUGCCGCCAGAGCCUGACUGAUUGAUCACUGCUGGAGGAGACGAGGAAGAAGCUGUUGGAAAGGAGCUGGUCCCCAAGAGAUGUGGCGGGCGUGCCAGUUUCCCUCCAGCCGCUCCGAGAGAGAGAGAGAGAGUCUGCAGUCCCUCUGCUUCUCCACAUGAUGGAGAUCCACUGCACACACACACACACACACACACACCGCUGUAGCGAUGGUCCAGAAAACAAUCAGCACGGAAAAACCCGAUGCGCUGUUUGCUGGGGACUCGUCCGAUUCCGGCGCGCUGGAUCUGGACAUGGCUUCUUCCCCGACCCCCGGCUCCACGGAGUCCGGCGCGGACAAGCUUGACCCCGGCUGGUGCAAAACCCCCAGCGGUCACAUUAAGAGACCAAUGAACGCGUUCAUGGUGUGGUCGCAAAUCGAGAGGCGCAAGAUCAUGGAGCAGUCGCCGGACAUGCACAACGCGGAGAUCUCCAAGAGACUCGGCAAGCGCUGGAAGCUCCUGAAAGACAGCGACAAGAUCCCCUUCAUCCGAGAGGCGGAGCGGCUGCGGCUCAAGCACAUGGCAGACUACCCCGACUACAAGUACCGGCCGAGAAAAAAGGUGAAGUCGAGCGGCUCCAAACCGAGCGAGAAGGGAGAGAAGCUCAGCUGCGCCAGCGCCGGCUCCAAACCGGCCAAGAAGAGCGGGAGCCCCAGAUCCACGAGCAAGCCGCACAAAAUAGUUCUGGGCAGCGCCAAGGCAGCGUUCCCCGCGGAUCACCACUCUCUUUACAAAUCCAAGUCAGCGUCGGCUUCCAAGCAGAUUACCGACAAGAAGGCGAAGCGGGUGUACAUUUUCGGAGGCAGCAGCGGCAUAAGUCCGUCUUCAGCAGCCGUGCCCGGCAGCCCGACCCUGAGCAGCUCCGCCGAGUCCAGCGACCCGCUGAGUCUGUACGAGGACGGAGCCAGCAGCGGCAAGGAGGGCGCCGACUCCCCCAGCAGCUCGUCCUCGGACCGCCACAGGUACACCACCAUGCGGGCGUCCUCGCCCGCUCCGUCCGCGUCACACUCGUCCUCUUCCUCAUCGCAGUUCUCCUCUUCCUCCGACGAGGAGCUCGACGACGACAUGCUGGACGUUAACCCGAGCCCAGGCUUUGACAGCAUGUCUCUGGGAAGCAUCGGCUCGUCGGUGCUGGACAGAGACUUCGACAUGCACUUCGAGUCCGGGGCUUCUCAUUUCGAGUUCCCCGACUACUGCACGCCGGAGGUGAGCGAGAUGAUUUCAGGGGACUGGCUGGAGUCCACCAUUUCUAACUUGGUGUUCACGGCUCACGUGCUGAACUAGGGGAAAUGCGUCUGAGGAAGAACACUGAACACAAGGGAUAACAGACAAGUGUGUUUGUUUGUAAAAUAAGCCACAGUGUGAAGGCUCCAGAAGCUACAACAGAAGUUUGUAGCACCUUUGGUGAAACGCGGACAGGAUGGAAAAGCGAAGCCGCGCGUCAGACGCUUUGUCGCGGCAGGGCCGGAGUCACUUCCCCGCGCUCGGAGCGAGAGGAAGAAAUCCAGCAGGAGUGCUUGAGAAAACACGGUCUGAACUGGAAAACUGUGAUUGAUUUGCACCUACACGAAGGCGGGCUUUGGUCGUCUGUCUAAUCAUUUUUACUUCAAAAGAGACGUUUAUGAACUUUAACCAUUCGCCUUGUGGACUUGAUUGUUUAAAGAGGUACUGAAAUUUAGGCUGAUUUUCAUCACGGCGGAUUUAUUAAUAAGGUGGGUUGACAAAAGGCAAGCCGUUUUAUACAUAAAGAAAAAGGAAAAAAAGAACGCAUGUUAUCUGUCCUCUCUUGUAUUGAGAUUUCUGUAAAACUGUCGAACAGUUAAACUAGCGUUAGGAUUAUUUAAAUGGAUAGAUGGCGCUAUGUUUGAUGUCCUACUC